UGGUCAGCGACAGCAACUCUGCUGUGGUUUUUCAUUUUCACACCAGUUGAGCGGCCAAUUCCAGUCACCCUGGACGCUGAGAUGGGAAUAAACUGCAGUGCUUCUCCAAAGACCAUAGACUGUCUGUACGACAUCGCCAGAAAGACUGGUUUUGAGGCAGCUGAUAAAGUUCUGAAAAUUCGACAGUGUCAGUCCAAACCAGAAUGCCAUAACUCUCCAGCCAUGCAGGCCUGGUUCCUGAUGCCUCCCUGGAUGCCUCACUGGCCUCUCUGCUCUCCCUGAACUCCUCUUGGGCUCUGGAGCAGCAGUACUCCACCCUGCAGAGCGGUAUGACCCAGCAGCAGAGGUUUGCCUUCGACCAUGACCUCCACACCCUCUUCGGAGGAAACACCACGGUGAGUUACGGGGGCGUGGGGGUUGUUGCACUUGCCCUCUCGGUCCUGUUUGAGAUGCUAGCCCAUCACCAGACCACUAUAUUGGGCUCGUGGAGCCCCGAGGCCCACCCUCCACCUCCAGACCCCAUACGCAGAAUGUUCGGGGCUGACGCGGGGUCAGACAUCAGCUCUAUUGCCAGCGAGUUUCUCAAACAGAUUCCUGGUGCAGCCAAUGACCGGGACCGGAUGGCAGCACUGCUGGAGAGCUACGAGGGAAAGCUGCGAUCCGAGCUGAUGGAUUUCUAUGGGAGGAUGGUGUUACUGGAGAGAAGCGCGCUCAGCUCUGCCGGGGUAAAGCAAUGGAUGAACGGAGCUGCUCUCCACGUCCACACCUUCCUCCACUGGAAGCGUCUGACCAACCCAUCAGCUGGAGAAGUCUUAAGUCUGGACUACCUGCAUCGUGUUGACCCUCUGCUCAAGGCCUACAGGGAGUAUCUGCUGAAAACGGUUAAAGUGUUUCCGGCCUUGAGCCCCGGCCCCAGCGGGCUGCUGAUAGUGGAGCCUCUGAGAAACGUGAGCCACGAUGUUUACCAUAGAGUCUGCGAACAUAGGGCCAUCCAGCGGACUCUGGUGGAGCGCUUCCUGUCAGACCAGAACCUGCAGAGGGGAAAGGAGUUCUUCCAGAGCUCCCACAAGAACCAUGAUGCUCUGAUAGCACAGCUUGGACACUUUCAGCUGAGCAUGGUUUGAGAACAAUUAAGACUGACUGGCUAUUAUUGAUGACCUGGUCCCAGAGGUUUAAAAUAAGUCAUAACUGGUUACUUAUAGAUAAACUUACUGGUUUAUGUCACUGUUCAUCCCUCCCAAAAAUCCAAAUAAUGGAUAAUUGCCUCACACAGCAUAUUCAGGCUGCCUCCUAAUGAACUUAUUUUAUUUAGUAGACAAGAAUGCUGUUGUUUGGUUGAAUAGCCUGCAAGUUCAUUUCUGUUCAUCACAGCCAUAAUUUAAAAGACUUCACAGAGAAAGAGCCUGCAUCUAACUAGUUAACUCCAAGUAAACUCCAAUUUGUGCCUUUCAUGUAAUUAUAAUGGUGUCACACAAAUAAGCCAUUGUUUUCAUCAGAAAUAAUAACAAAAAUGAAACAGACAGGUAAAAACAUGAAUGUAAACCAAACCCCUCUGCUGAACAGCAGUUGUCCUGUCAUAGCUUGGCAACCAAAGGCAUACAGGCCUGUCUAGCUUUGGAUUUCUUUACAUGUCAAAGCGGUGUGCAAGGGGGGCUGUAAUAAAGGUGGUACUCUAUAUACAAAGA